CCAUGGUCACUCUGUGCGCGACAAACGAUUAAAAAUUAUAUUUUGCCGGAUUCCUGAUGAGAAUUCGUUAAUAACUCAAUAAAAACAAGUUCACAUUGCAUUGUGAAGUGCUCGGUGGACGAGAGGCAGUGCGAACUGCAUAAAUUCAGCACCGCCCGCUAGUUGGUAGAGCGGCACCGGCAAACCGGCGCCCAGAUACCUGAGAAAGCGCCAUGUCGAAGAGUUCCGGGCGCGACCGUGACAGGGAGCGGGAGCGGGAGAGGGACCGCGACCGAGAUCGGGACAGAGAUCGCGAGCGGGAUAACCGGCAUGAUAGUCGCAGUCGCGACUACGAGAUGGGCAAGUCCAGAAACGGAGGAGGAUCGGGCGGUGGCUCCCGGGGUGGCCGGGACGACAGGAAACGCGGCAAGGACAUGGCCAGUGAUCGCGGCAGACGGGACGACAAGCGGCGGAAGCGUUCCCGGUCGAAGGACUACGAAAAAGACAAUUCCCCUCAUUACAGACGCCUCGACAAGGAGCGUGAACGCGAGCGGGAACGUGAUCGUCAGCGGGAAAAGGAUCGUGAGCGCGAGAAGGAAAAGGAGCGGGAACGGGACAAGGAUCGCGAGCGGGAUCGCCAGCGGGAGCGGGAAUCGGAUGGCAGAAGGGCCACCGCCGCCGCGGCCGCACCGCUGGUCAUUCCGGUGCCCUCGACCAGCUCCUCCGAAGAGGAGGUGGAGGAGAUCGACAAGGAGGAGCAGCAGCGCCGCCUGGAGCAGGAGAUGAUCAAGCGGCGUGAGCGCAUCGAGCGCUGGCGAGCAGAACGCAAGCGGGACACCAAGGCUGCUGUUGUGGCACCGGCGGUGGUGAAAUCCACAAAGAAGUGGAGUCUGGAAGAUGAGUCCGAGGAGGACGACAGCAAUCCCGCUCCGACACUGGACACCGGGAAAAAGGACACCGAACCGGACUCGCCGCCCUCGAAAUUCCACAGCAUACGCAAACGCUUCGACGAUGACUUGGUCGAGUCGAAGUUCUCGCCCCUAAAACGUCCCACCUUCAGCAAGUCGUUUGGCGCCAAAUUGGGCUUGGGAUUGGCUCCCAAAACCGAGGCUGAGAUCAAGGAGAUCAAGAAGGAGCCACCGGUCGUGGAAGCUAAGAAGGAGAUCAAAAAGGAACCCGAACCAGCACCCGUCAAGAUGGAGAUCGUCGAGGAGCCCGUCGCCAAAAAGGAGGAGGAACCCAAGGAGCCGGAGCAGCCGAAGGUGGAGAGCGAACCCGAACCCCCAGGCGCGGAGAAACCCCCAGCCGAGGUGGAGCCAGAAGACGACAUCGAUCCACUGGAUGCCUACAUGCAGGAGGUCAACAAUGAGAUGCGGCGCGUCAACAACUUCGUGAAUCCGCCAGCCAAAGCGCAGGGCGUAGUUAUCCUAACGGGCGUGGCCAAGAAAAAGACGACGACCCUCAAGAAGGGCGAACUGAUUGAACAGAACAUGGACAGUCUGGAGUAUUCCAGCGAGGAUGAGCUGGAGGACAUACGCGACACGGCUGUCAAUCUGGCGAUGAAGCAUCGCAAGGAGCUGGCCAAGAUCGAUCAUUCCUCGGUCACGUACGCGCCCUUCCGCAAGAAUUUCUACGUUGAGGUGCCGGAAUUGAGUCGCAUGACCGCCGGCGAUGUGGAGAAGUAUCGAUCCGAGUUGGAGGGCGUUCAGGUGAAGGGCAAGGGCUGUCCGAAGCCCAUUAAGACCUGGGCGCAGUGCGGCGUUAGCAAGAAAGAGAUGGACGUGCUGCGACGGCUGGGCUUCGAGAAGCCCACGCCCAUCCAGUGCCAGGCCAUACCGGCCAUCAUGUCCGGACGGGAUCUGAUAGGUAUUGCUAAAACUGGCAGUGGCAAGACGUUGGCAUUCAUUUUACCAAUGUUUAGGCACAUUCUGGACCAGCCGAGCCUGGAGGACGGCGACGGCGCAAUCGCGAUCAUAAUGGCGCCAACGCGCGAACUCUGCAUGCAGAUCGGCAAGGACAUCCGCAAGUUCAGCAAGUCGCUCGGUCUGCGGCCGGUUUGUGUUUACGGCGGCACCGGCAUCUCCGAGCAGAUUGCCGAACUGAAGCGCGGCGCCGAGAUAAUUGUUUGCACACCGGGCCGCAUGAUCGAUAUGCUGGCCGCGAAUUCCGGUCGAGUGACGAACCUGCGACGCGUCACCUAUGUCGUUCUGGACGAGGCCGAUCGCAUGUUCGACAUGGGCUUCGAGCCGCAGGUGAUGCGCAUCAUCGACAACGUGCGUCCCGAUCGCCAGACGGUCAUGUUCAGCGCCACGUUUCCCCGCCAAAUGGAAGCGCUGGCGCGACGCAUCCUCAAGAAGCCGAUCGAGGUGAUCGUCGGCGGACGUUCGGUGGUUUGCAAGGAUGUCGAACAGAAUGUGGUCAUCCUCAACGACGAUGCGAAGUUCUUCAAGUUGCUGGAGCUGUUGGGCAUCUACCAGGAGGCCGGUAGCAUCAUUGUGUUCGUGGACAAGCAGGAGAACGCCGAUAUACUGCUGCGCGACCUCAUGAAGGCCUCCUAUCCCUGCAUGAGUCUCCAUGGCGGCAUCGAUCAGUUCGAUCGCGACUCCACGAUCAUCGACUUCAAGUCGGGCAAGGUGCGGCUGCUGAUUGCCACCUCGGUGGCGGCACGUGGCCUGGACGUUAAGGAUCUCAUCCUGGUGGUCAACUAUGAUGUGCCCAACCACUACGAGGACUAUGUGCACAGAUGCGGUCGCACUGGCAGAGCGGGCAAAAAGGGCAGCGCCUUUACCUUCAUCACACCCGAACAGUCGCGCUACGCCGGCGAUAUUAUCCGCGCCCUGGACCUAUCCGGCACCCUGAUUCCCGCCGAGCUGCAGACCCUGUGGACGGAGUACAAGACCGCCCAGGAGGCCGAGGGCAAAACGGUGCACACUGGCGGCGGCUUCAGCGGCAAGGGCUUUAAGUUCGACGAGCAGGAAUUCAAUGCGGUGAAGGAGAGCAAGAAGCUGCAGAAGGCCGCCUUGGGACUCGCUGACUCCGACGAUGAAGAGGACAUCGAGCAGGACAUUGACCAGCAGAUCGAACAGAUCUUCGCGGCCAAGCGAACGGUUAAGGACACUUCGGCCUCGGCUGCGGCCACUGCGGCUGCGGCUGCUGCUGCGGCGGCUGCUGCUGCAGCUGCUGCUGUUUCCGGUAAUCCCGCCCUGGCCUCGGCGGCAGCUCAAGCGGCGGCCGCAGCUGCUGCUGCCAAUUUGGCGAUUGCAGCGGAACGAGCUUCGGCGGCGGCGGCUGGUGGUCAGAAUGCAGGCAUUGGCGGAGCCCUCAGCUCGGACAAACUGGAGCUGGCCAAGCGGCUGGCCUCGAAGAUCAACAGCAGCAAGAAUCUGGACACCAAGGGCAGCAGUGUGGUGGCCGUAGAACCGAUGCUGAAGGGACCACAUGUCACUGGCGCCGCCGCUCCACUGCUGACCGCGCGAACGGUGGCCGAGCAGAUGGCCGCCAAGCUGAACAAUAAGCUCAAUUACCAACCCAAGGAGGACGAGGAGGGACUGGGUCCGCUGACGGGCGGCAAUAGCAACUCGUUUACCAAGUACGAGGAGGAGCUGGAGAUCAACGAUUUCCCGCAGCAGGCGCGCUGGAAGGUGACCUCCAAGGAGGCCCUCGCCCAGAUCUCCGAGUACUCGGAGGCGGGACUCACCGUGCGCGGAACGUACGUGCCGCAGGGCAAGAAUCCGCCGGAUGGCGAACGGAAGCUCUACUUGGCCAUCGAGAGCUGCAGCGAGCUGGCCGUGCAGAAGGCCAAGCGCGAGAUCACGCGGCUCAUCAAGGAGGAGCUGCUGAAGCUCAGCUCCGCCCACCACGUCUUCAACAAGGGACGCUACAAGGUGGUCUAAAUAAACAAAAUAGGGUACUAUUCCUUGGAAUGCGAUCAGAUUACAUAUUAAGUAUCGUUUGUGGUCAGUAACUGCGUUAAGUUGCCCAAACGGAAUUAAUCCCAAUAAAUUUAUUGGACAUAUGUUGUGUGUUUUUAAUCCGGAGUGCAGAUUUUACUUAAUGUGAAACGUGAGUUUAUCACGGAUUUGAAUUUUGGCAGAUAGAAAAGCAUUGAUGAACUACUUGCACAAUUAAAAUUAAUCGUAAUAAGCAAUUUUAGAUUACGCCUAAGAGUCGAAUCUAUAAUUUAAACUUGAAUUAUUUCUGGAAAUUAAUGGCAAACUAUUAAAAGUUCAAACCCUAACUUUUAACCAUUUAAAUGUAGACCAUUGUCGCUCCGCACAAUAAUCUGUUUUUGGUAUUGAAUAAAUAUAAAAGGUAUUGAUAAGAACAAA